UCGCUGCUGGUUCUUUAUUAAGUCGCUCCAGGCCGAUCAUUACUCCUUGCAGACGUCAGGCCACGCCCCCUCACAUUAUGAGUAAUUGGGUCUAUCUGACACCUAUGGUGGCAUCAGCAGUUAUCUCUCCCCAAGAUCAAUCCGAACAGUUAUGCAAUAGCGUUCACCUAAUCGAUUAUUUGGGAUGUGUAGUCAUGCGCUUCAACUUUGCCAGCGUUAAUGCAAAUGAGAAAACUACAUCUCCCGGCAGGCUUAGCGGCACAUUGCUUCACUAGUUAUACAUUGAAUGUAGUUCGCUGUACUUGGAAAUCCGUUCAUGAUUCAGUUCAUUAAUAAAUAAAUAGUUGAGUGUCAUGGCGGAAUCCGCAGCGUGUCCUGCAUUCCAGCUCGGGAGACCCCGAUACGACCAGGGUUCGUUCUUUGGUCGACUGAGACACUUUGUAGACAUCAUUGACCCGAGCACUCUGUUUGUCUCAGAGAAACGGCUAAAAGAAUGCAUCAAACUCCUCGAUGACUACAAACAUGGCUCACUUCCACCUGGAGUGUCUGACGCUCAGCUGUGGGAAGCACAGAAGAUCAAACAGGCCAUCAUUCAUCCUGACACAGGAGAGAAGAUCUUCAUGCCAUUUCGAAUGUCAGGUUAUGUACCAUUUGGAACACCAAUUGUCAUUGGCCUUCUUCUCCCAAAUCAGACUGUGGUGUCUACCAUUAUAUGGCAGUGGUUGAACCAGAGUCACAAUGCCUGUGUGAACUAUGCGAAUCGUAAUGCAACAAAGCCUACACCAACAUCCAAGUUUAUUCAAGGCUACGCAGGAGCUGUGACGAGUGCUGUGUCUAUUGCAGUGGGCCUGAAUGUGCUGAUUCAGAAGGCCAAUAAAUUGAAUCCUGCCACCAGAAUGAUAAUACAGAGAUUUGUCCCCUUUCCAGCUGUAGCUAGUGCAAACAUCUGUAACGUGGGCCUGAUGAGACACAAUGAGCUAUCCGAGGGGAUCGAUGUGCUUGACAACAACGGGAACGUUGUGGGAUCCUCCAAAAUUGCUGCAAGACAUGCAAUCAUGGAAACUGCCUUUACACGUGUGGUCCUCCCAAUGCCAAUCUUCGUCCUGCCCCCCAUCAUUAUGUCCUACCUCGAGAGGCUGCGAUUUCUGCAGAGCAACCGCAGGCUGUUGCUGCCCAUCCACAGCGUUGUGUGCCUGGUUACCUUUGGCCUCUCCUUGCCCGUGGCCAUCAGUCUGUUCCCCCAGAUGUCUCAGAUCGAGGUGUCUUGCCUUGAGCCGGAGAUUGCCAUGGCAACAGAUUGCAAGGUGGUGACCUACAACAAAGGUUUAUGAUGGAUGGUGGUGGAGUGGGAGAGGAGAGUAAAGGGAGCCAGGAGGAAAAUGAGGCUGCAGUGUGAAUAGCUGUCCGGGAAUCUCAGCUGCAGGGUUCCUCCUGUCGACAGGUUUGGGAACUAUGUGCUGCAUUUUUAUCACAGGAAAGACUGCUUUUUAAACUGGUUUCUGCAUUUAUCAAGAUCCCAGCAGUUAUUAAAUCAUAGUUUUCUGAGAGGUUUUUUAUUCUGCCGUCUCCUUUUUAAGAGCUCUUUGUAUAAAAAUGCUGAUUUAUUCACUGUAAAGUCAGAUUUAGCAUCAGUUCAUUAUUUAAUGCUGUAUAAAUAAGUGUUCCCUACAGAUAUGCUAUUCUUUGUUGGUCCACAUGAGUACAGUUCUUCUCACUGCGUCAUCUCUAACUUUGUCUGUCUGUGACUGGGGGACUGUGUAUGCCGUGCAGAGCCAGUUUGUUUGAGCUUUUUGGUUUGAAAUUGCUGCAAAUGAACCAAAACAGUAAAAAUAUUCCUUCACUCGUUUUUGAAUCUUGGGACAAACAUUUGUAAAAUAUAUUGAAAGCAAAUGCAGUAUUGAUUAUAUGAGAGGAAACCAGCCCAGGGAGAGAUGAACAUGUAUAAGCUUAUGAAUCCAAAAAUCGUUGGACAAACAGCGACGUGCAUGUCCAAAGACUGCUGUUAAGCACUGUUCUGUGUACUGCUAUUAAGCUGUAGCCACUUAAUAGCAGUACAAAGACCAGUGUGCACAAUUUUCACAGCCAUUAAUAAAGAAGAGCACACAGGUACCUAACUUCUUUAGUGGUGCAUGCAUGCAUAAAGAGCAGCACCAUAAUCCAAUAAAGUUAAAAAAGUUAAAGAAAUGUUGCAAAUGAAAGGUUUUCCCUGCCUGAAAGGAGGAAUUAGAUUUAUUUCUAAAAAAAGGAACCUUAAUUUAAGUUGAGUGAUGUUUAUUCACAGUCCAUUGUCCAGAGUUGCUUGUGCUGUGAUCAGAUUUAAGUUAGAUUUUUAAGAGAUUUGCUGCAGUAACCUCCUAAUUACAGCCCUCAUAGGGGAAACACAGUUCUUACAGUGCCCAUACUGAGCCACAUAUAUUUGAAAAAAAUUCCUCUUGUUUACUGACAGUAAGGAAGAGGUUUCAGUAGUUCAGUAAUAUAGCCGUACAGAAUAAGUCCUUUAUAUUGAAUGACAAAACAUACUAGUUACCAAUAUAUUAGGAUCAUUAUGAGUCUCUUAAGAUAAAAAUCUAAUUCUUUUGCCUUUUACUGGCUACUAUCUAUCUGCAGCCCCUGUUGAGGUAGAGGCAAAUAUAAAAUAAAAAUACAAGUAGUUAGUUUUUUUUUUUUUUGAUCAGGUUAAUUAAAAACAUAAAUCUAAUGUAUUGUGGCUGUGAAAUGUACUGGGUGGGAUGACUUAAGGCUGAAAAGAUGAGAUGAAAAUAUCUUUUGAACUGCAGUUUCUUGAUAUGUAUUGUUUGGCUUUAACUAUCAGCUGAUAAUAAUCUGAUUAUGGAGAUGGAAAGGAGUCAGCUGCAUGCAAACUAAGUUGUUCAAUGAGACUCACUCUCACGAGAGAAACUUUCACUAUGAAACAAUGUAAAAAUGUGAAGCCCCUGUUAAGUAGCUGCACUCUAGAUGUCUUAUUAUAGAUGUACAUUUGUUUAUACAAGUUUUAAACUGGCAGUUGAUACAUGCCAGUGAUUUUAACCCACGUAAUGUGAAAGAACUCCUAAAACAUGGCAUUACAUUUUCUUGUAUGAAGGUCAUUUUGCUCCAUUACUGACUGUUGUCAAGUUACAGUUUUAUUAUUAAAGAACUGCUUCUUUUGUACACAAUUUGAAAUAGAACCAUAACAUAUACUACACAACUGACUGUUUUUAAUUCUUUGUGUAAUACUUCCACUGAUACUAUUGCAAAUGUUUGCUAGUCAAACAAUGUAAACCUGAUAUUAUUUUACUAUAUAGCCUGUAAUAAAUACUGUUUUACUGUA